CACAAGAAGGCAGAAGAAGCUGAAGAAGCUGAAGAGGAAGCAGCAUCUACAUCUCCACAAAUAUAAGUGCAAGCAUACAAACAUUCACAGGCCUUUUACCAGAGCAGUUAUCUCUUGUAGCGUGGGUGGCCGUGGCUCAAUUUAGUUUCAAUGGAAGUUGUUACCCGGAAGAUGACUUUGAACUUCAAAGAGACGGAGCUCUGCCUUGGCUUGCCGGGCGGGGCUGCUGUGACCGAGCCGGAUAUCUGUACCCCUAAGGCUACUGGAAAGAGAGCUUUCUCUGAGACUGUUGAUCUCAAACUCAACCUUCAUGCGAACGAAUGUUUGAUGAAUGAGAAUGUCAAAAAUGUUUCUUCCAAGGAGAAAAAUGUAUCUUGCGUUAAAGAUCCGGCCAAACCACCAGCCAAGGCACAAGUCGUGGGUUGGCCACCAGUUCGCUCCUACAGAAAGAACGUUAUGGCGCAGAAGAGCACCGGCGAGGAGAGUAGCAAUAAUACUACUGAGAAGGCUGCAUUCGUGAAGGUCUGCAUGGAUGGUGCACCCUAUCUUCGUAAGGUGGAUUUGAAGAUGUACAAGAGCUACAAGGAGCUGUCUGAUGCCUUGUCCAAGAUGUUCAGCUCCUUCACCAUGGGUUACUAUGGGGCCCAAGGAAUGAUAGACUUCAUGAAUGAGAGCAAGUUAAUGGAUCUUCUGAACAGUACUGAGUAUGUGCCGACCUAUGAAGAUAAGGAUGGAGACUGGAUGCUUGUGGGUGAUGUUCCAUGGGAGAUGUUUGUUGAUUCAUGCAAGCGCUUGCGAAUAAUGAAAGGAUCAGAAGCAAUUGGACUUGCUCCAAAAGCGAUGGAGAAAUGCAAGAACAGAAGCUGAUUGAUCAAGCUCAAUCGACCAGCAUUUGAUUCAGUGCAUGUUCUACGGAUCGAACAGCCUGGUGGUUCUGUGGAAGUGUCUGUAUUUUAUGUGAUGAUGAUGAUGGUAUAUAGAUAGUAAUUAAAGAUUGCUGAAUAUCUGUAAUCGACAAGAUGCAAUAAACUUAACCUAGUGUCUUUGCCUUGUUUAUCGCCAAUGGCGUUCUUUAUAAUUCCCCCAUUAUUUUU